CUUCGUCUUCAUCAAAUGAAACUUGGGGAUUCGUCAUGGAUCAUAAUCAUCAUCUAUCUUCGGUGGAAGAACGUCCUCUUCGUGUGGAAAGUCGAUGCCCUUGGAGAGGAGACAACUGGUGUACCUGGAAGCUAUCAGUCAUAUUAUGAAUCCUCGAGUACCUGUUGCCAACCACCUGUUGAACAUUUUCACUCAAUCCACGGGUUACCGUUGCAGGAUUGGUCAAUGGAAAUCGUUGAAACAAUGAGAUCGAUAAUCACCAGUGGACAAAAGGAGGAUUGGGCUCACCUGGAGGUGUUCACCCGCAUGAAGAGGUGCGGGUGUCGAUAGACAGCAUUCGAAGAUGAUGA